AUGACCAGGGUCAUUACCAUCCAGAUGAUCGGUGCAGUCAGAGAGAUGCGCGAGGAACCGCAGGUGGAGGACGCGAAGACGCACGCACUGGAAGGCGACUUCACGGAGACAAGGAAGGAGCAGUUGGAACAGAUCGCACGAUGCGGCAACAUUAUCGUAAAGGUGAUCCCGAUCAAGGACGCGACGUCCAAGAUCCUGACGGGGGAGUUGGUCGACGCCUACCCGGCGGGCGGCAGCAGGCAGAGCCGGUGGACCACGAGGGGCUUCGAGCAACAGGUGAACGGGCGCGAGAACUUCGUGGCCGCGGCCCCUUCACUUCCGCACCUGAAGGCGAUGCUGGCCAAUGCGGAGUUGCGCGAUCACGCGGUGGCGUUUGGCGACGGCAGUGGGGCCUUCUAUCAGGCGCCGCUCACCGAGGGCCGCAUCUUCCUGGAACCGCCACCAGAAGCAGGAGCACCUGAAGGACAUGUCUGGGAGGCGCUGUGCGCGUGUCCAGGACUCGAAGGAGCGCCGAAGGCUUGGGGGGAUCACGGCGCGAACGCUAUGGAGGAGUUGGCGAUGGUCAAUGGGGCCACUGCGACGGGCCACGCAGGCGGUAACGGCCGGGGCGGCUACGCGUUCAGCGGCAAGACGAGCUUGAUCGACGACAUCUUGAAGGAGUUGGGCCUGGAGGCGGCGAAGCCAUCAGUACUGCCCGAGACCAAGAAUGAGGUGCACGUGAAGAGCGACGAGGUGAAGCUGGAUAUGAAGGGCCUGAGGAGGUUGAAGAAGAUGGCGCGAUGCCUUGCAGGCGCGCGCGACUACAAGGUGCAGUUGGUUCCGGACAAGGGAGGCACUGCAGAGUGGAUGGAGAAGACGGUGCCGCUCGUGAUAAGCGACAGCAGCAGUGCGCUACAUAUCGCGAAGGAGCGCGGUCCAGGAAAGGUUGAUCACGUGGGGGUCCGCUUCCUGGAGCUGCAGCAGUGGAGCGUCGCAGUGUGGGACAUGGUGCGGCAGCAGAUGUUCCAGUUUCUCACGAAGAUCUGCAACCGAAAGCUGUACAGCAAGCAGGGCGUCGAGCUGCUGAGCAUGCUGCUCACACUCCCCGAGUGGACAGAUGGCGACGUCGUUGACGAGGCCGCCGUGAUGCGGGUGCUGGACGUGCAGGUCUCCGCAGGCCGCGAGGGCUCCCAGGCGAGCUCCAAGGAUGGCUUCAAGGAGUUGCCAGGGGACGCUAAGCUGAACGAGACGAAGCUUGGGGAGGCGCAGUCCAGCGAGCAUCCAGGGAGCCCAGAAGGCAGCGAGGAAUACCUACGGAUGGGGCGUGACUGGUCGGCCGUCGUCGAGUCCUGUUCAAAUGUCCUGUCGGACAUCUCCUCGCCUUCGCAUUUGCAGCGCGACGAGAAGAACGAGUCGAUGUCUAAUUUUCUGGACGUCUCCUUUCCCGACUCAGAAGGCGAAGCCGAGGUGUUCGUCACCUUAGAGGCCGCCAGUCCCAACGAGGGCGAUGUUCUGGCAGCGCCGGCAGCUAUCAACGCAGAUCGUCGGAAGACCUGGAGACGAAAUCGCGAUCGGAAGCGGCAGCUCAAGUGGGCCGACAGCUCUACGACCAGUCCAAGGCCCGCGGUGGCGAGGCUCGCGAUCGACAGUUGGAGCGGACGGAAGGAGGGCGCCGUCACCGCCUUCGCCGACCUCGCGCACGCCAGCGUCGUCGAUUCUUUUGCAGCCAUUUUGCAGACUUCCCCACAGAAAACGGUCGUCUGUCUCACCGUCGACCCCGGGGCCGCGAUAGUGGGAGCGGCCGCCGGACAGGAGUCGGUCGGCGAGCCGGGCGCGUGCGAGAGAGCCAUCUCCGAGAUUGCCUCGGUGACUGGGCCACCCAAAGACGCGGGCGACAGCUCCUCGAGCAAGGCACUUGCGGCCGCGGACAGCUCAGCUGCGCGCGCGCCUGCAGGCGCGGGCGAGUCGCUUGAUUGGCCGGCUCCGCCGCCGCCCCCAUUUGUCACAGAUGGGCGCGGCGAGGCCGCGGCUGAUUCCGAUCCUGACGCCACCUCUGCUCGCGAGGGCCCAGGGGGCGCGGCGCUGGCUGGGGGUCCUGAGGACGUCGACGCGCCGUCGACGCAGGGGGCGCGGCGCCCCUUCCCGUCGCAGCUGGCCCAUCCGAUGGCGCUGGCCAAUGCGCCGGCGCAGGUGGCGACGCAGAAGGGCGCGAUCCACGUGAUCGACCGCAACGACCCGCAGGCGGCGGAAAACCUGCAGGCCUCCAUCAGCUACCAGUGGCACCGCCGAGGCAGCCGGCAGCCGGGGACGGCGCCCAGCAGCCGCGGGAUCGCCGGACAGCUCCCGCGCCCACGCCCGCUCCUGUCCCAGACCCUCCAGCACAGCCUUCACGCGGAAGGCCCGUGGACUCGCCGGCGCCAGCGCCCUCGAAGGCCAGGUCGAGUGGAGGCGCGGGGCUCCAGGCUCGGGUCGAGGCGGCGCGGGGCCGGCCGGGCCUGCCGCGGUGCCACCGAACUUGGAAGCGAGGUGGGCGCUCCUGAGGACGAUUCUCUCGCGCUCCCAGCCCUCGUGGGCGUGGGCUCAUUUGAAGAGUCUUGCAGGUGGAUGGAUCACGUCAGCCAGAAUGCCUGUCCUCGUGCGCAGGAGCUGUCGCUUAGGGUGCGAAGGAUGUGUGGACUCCCUUCCUCACUACCUCUGCUGCCCUCGUCUUCUCCACCUUCUGUCUCGUCAUCGCCCUCGUGCUUUUCUCCCGCCCUGCCCCAUGGCGAGGAUUGGGCUUGGAGACGAGGGGCAGUAUGACCGUCUCUUCUCGAGGGCGGACGCUCACUGUUUGGUGGUCCUGGCCUUCCACUUCUACCAUAAACUAAAAGCAGAACAGGAUGCUGCGCCUGGCUCUGCUCGUGAUCUCGAAUAUCAUUUGAAGAUUCUGAGAGGUGCCAGAAUUGCAACGGGCGCCUGAGAUGGAGGAUUGCUUUCCGAGGCACGUGCGCUCCUCCUCUCCUCCUCCUCCUCUUCUCCUCCU